CCUUCUUUUCGAUCGUCAAGUUAGUUGUUGCCACCGGCGACAAAUAUAAAAUCUCCCCCUUUUAAUGCGAACAAGCUUCCCGUGAAAAUACUAACCAUUUUUUGGUGUACCGCAGUACUUUGCGUACACCAACCGUAUUUUUCAGCAAACACGGUUGUUACAUCUGCCCUUGGAUGGUUUUCAUCUCCAUAUACAUCCAUUAAACUACGAAAGCAGAAACAAUUCGUUUAUAUUAUUUUUUGUCUUCCAUCCACUUUUACAGACGAAAGUAUUAAUGAUUAAUUCAACUUGAUUUUGAUUUCAACUUUUCCCGCAAAUCGAGUUUCGAACAACCAAAGUGGUAUAAUUUUGAUUAGGGUUCAUUUAUUUCAUUUUCUCCCCCAAACUUAUUCUAGGGCAGCACCACAACAAUUGAUGAUUCUGAUAACCACCCAAGUCGAGUUCCAAUUUCAAUUCAUUAAUUCAUCACCAUUAUUAUCAGGUUGGUGUUCGAUUUUGAAAAGUCAAAUGCUUCAUUUUUAUUUUUUUAUUUCGACAUAGUGGAGAAUGGCUGUGACAUUUUUUUGCACGAACCCUGUUUGAUAAAAUCUUUCUCAAUGUCUUCUUUGUUUUAAUGCCUUGGUUAGUAUACUUCGAUAAUGAUUUGUUAAUUCAUAUCGAGUGAUGUAACGUUUACUUAUUCUUUCAUAAAUGAAGGAGAUAGUACAAUCAUCAGUUUAGCAGAACAAAAGAUUUUGUUAAUUAUGUAUACAAAAUUCAGAUGAUUGGGAUUGAUACUUUACUUCCCAUUUGCAUGAUAUCAUUUUUGGAGAAACAUUUGAUUCUAAGAACAAACCCAUAUUAUUAAAGAACAGUGGUUUGAAUUGAGCGAUUCUGUAUUGUCAUUAUUAUUUUGAUAUUUGCAUUUGGAUUGAUUUGCACCCUGUUGUAUAAGGUGAACCCGAAACAGAGAUGGAUACAUCCCAAAGUGGUUUUUCCACUCGAAGAAACAUGAUGACCGAAGAACAACAAGACACUGAAAGAGAAAGGUGUCGUGUUGGCAAAAAAAAUCGUCGAUAAAACAUGACGGAUGAGGUGAAGUUGCUACAAAGGCGAAAUCAACAUAGAGCUAUGCAGGCUAGGCAGCAAAAAGUGGAAAACAGAAAUCAUGAAAGCCUAAGAUGAAUAUAGAGAAAGUAUAAAAAGUGUACACCAACGCAUGUGCAUUCUCAUAAAUCUACAGCUCUCAAAGUGCCAUACUGCCAAGAUUAUAAUUAUGACAAGAAUGGAUGCUAACCUUGAGUUUUGCGGUGAUCUCUAUUUGUCUGUCUCACCACAACUGACCUUAUCCAUGGGACAGUCGAGACACUCGGGGUUGCUGAGCCUCUAAUGUUAAGCAUGUCAAUUGGAGAAAGCUCAAUCUAAUCACAAAUAGCAGAAGAAGAAGAAGAAAUUGAACAUGAUGAACAACACCAUUGCCUAACAGGGGGAUUCAUCAAUCUGCAAGGAACUUUGUGACUUGAACAGUUAAAGGUUCGACGAUAUUGCGGUGCGUCAUACUUUUGUGAAAAUGCGAAAAUAGAAAAUACGUGCUAAAAAACCUAGCGUUUACCAACGUGCAACGCACGUGCACUUCACUUGUUAAAAUAAGGAGAGAAAGAAAUUCCUCUCUAUCUCCUCUACAACUCUGCCAUCUGCAAUUAGAUUCAUCUGCUUCAUCGAGGUUUAUGGUCAACAAGAUGAACAACAUGAAGCGAAAGUCUAGAGAAGAAAACAUUUAUGAAUCAGAUCGUCUGCAGCAAAAGACGCAACAGACUUUUGUCUUGGCCUAUCCUUGUCACUACGCCCAUGGCUCUGUGGGUGCUAUCUUGACCAAAUUUCAAAAAUCAGAUUUGAAAAUUAUAGAGAUGAGGUGUAUGGAUGUGACUCGAAAUUUCGCUCAGAAGCACGUCCGUAAUAUUGGAUGGGAUCCUGAGGCUUAUGAAGAUAAUGUACCCUAUGGGAACUGGGCCAACUACAUAGCUUCGAACCCUGUCGUUGCUAUGAUUGUGGAGGGGAAAGGCGCUAGGGAUAAAGUUCAUGAAUUAAUAUCCGAAAAGCAACAUCCCUUUUGGCGUGACGAGGGAGCGACGGGUUACACCAGCAGUUCACCUGAUCAAGCUAAAAUAGAUAUUGGUACCUGGUUCCGUUCCAUCGACUUAGAAAAAGAAAUGAGAAACAGUAAAAGGGUGGUGUCUGUGCUUCCUGAUAAUGUACAUGGCCCAGUGCACGAAAUUGAACAAACAUUUCGGAAUAUAUACGAAGAUGUUACAAAAUUACCACCACUGGUUUUCCAUAUGUGUGUCCUCUUAAUCAACCCUUUGGCUUUCCAAAGGUGUUGUGCUGGUCAAGUUUUGGAUGCCAUUCAGGCCAACUGUUCUAGCAUAAGAGGCAUAAAGCUCGUGAGAAAGGCUGACUAUCCUAGCAAUUUAUGGCCUACUCAUUCUGCUCCCUCUGACUAUGGUAUUGCCGUUGUUGUUUGCGAUCUCAAACCAAGCUUAACAAUCACGCACGAGAAUCCAGAUAGCAAGUAUAUUAACUACAUUAAAGGCGAGUUUAUAAUCGGAAGCAACUACAUUCACCAAAGCGAGCCGGGGAAGGAGGUGUUGGAACAUGCUACCAAAAUUUUCAAAUCUGGUUUCAGUGUUUGGGCAUAUCUGAAUGGGUUUGACUUGGGUGGCUAUAUAUCUGAGGUAUCCUUAGUUGGUCUCGUGGAGUAAUUUCGUUUACGUAUGUUUUUUUUUAUUAUUACUUUGCCAUUAUUGUUUUCAUUUCUGGGAGUGACAAAUACGAGUCUGUAUGUCUCAAACAAUUAUUUACUACUCUUUUAAAUACAGUAAAGUUGAGCCUUUUUUACA